AGGAAGAGGGAGCGCGAGGCAGAGCCGAGAGUCCGGCAACAUCUGUUAAAACUUGGGGGAGGAGGAGCGCGGGGAGGAGGAGGAGGAAGAGGAGGGAAGGAGGGAGCGUGAGGGAGGGAAGCGCAGAGCCGAGGGACAACUUUUCCACCCGCGUUCCUGGUCGCCGGGAGCUGAAGUGAUGAGAAGACGCCAUGGAGGCUCAGUCCCACAGCUCCACGACCACCGAGAAGAAGAAAGUGGAGAAUUCCAUAGUGAAAUGCUCUGCUCGAACGGAGGUCAGCGAGAAAGCUGUGGCCUCCAGCACCACUUCCAAUGAGGAUGAAAGUCCUGGACAGACCUAUCACAGAGAGAGAAGAAACGCGGUCACUAUGCAGCCACAGAGUGUCCAGGGACUCGGCAAGAUCAGCGAGGAGCCUUCCACCUCCAGUGAUGAGAGGGCCUCUCUGAUCAAGAAGGAGACCCAUGGGUCCCUGCCACACCUGGCCGAGCCCUCCGUCCCCUACCGCGGGGCCGUGUUCGCCAUGGACCCCAGGAACGGCUACAUGGAGCCUCACUACCACCCUCCUCAUCUCUUUCCGGCAUUCCAUCCUCCCGUCCCCAUCGAUGCAAGACACCACGAGGGGCGAUAUCAUUACGAUCCGUCUCCGAUUCCUCCGUUGCAUGUGCCUUCUGCCUUAUCUAGUAGCCCCACGUAUUCAGACCUGCCCUUCAUCAGAAUCUCCCCGCAUCGGAACCCCGCGGCCGCCUCCGAGUCUCCCUUCAGCCCUCCGCAUCCCUACAUCAACCCCUACAUGGACUACAUCCGGUCUCUGCACAGCAGCCCAUCCCUGUCCAUGAUCUCAGCAGCCCGGGGGCUGAGCCCCACUGACGCCCCCCACCCCGGAGUCAGCCCAGCGGAAUACUAUCAUCAGAUGGCUCUGUUAGCCGGCCAGCGCAGCCCCUAUGCAGACAUCAUCCCCUCGGCUGCCACCGCCGGCGCAGGGGCCAUCCACAUGGAGUACCUUCAUGCCAUGGAUAGCACCAGGUUCCCCAGCCCCAGGCUGUCAGCCAGGCCGAGCCGGAAACGUACACUGUCCAUAUCACCGCUGUCCGAUCAUAGCUUUGACCUUCAGACCAUGAUCAGGACAUCUCCCAACUCCUUGGUCACGAUUCUCAAUAAUUCCCGCAGCAGCUCUUCAGCGAGUGGCUCCUAUGGUCACUUAUCUGCAAGUGCAAUCAGCCCCGCCCUGAGCUUCACCUACCCUUCUGCGCCCGUCUCGCUCCACAUGCAUCAACAGAUCUUAAGCCGACAGCAGAGCCUGGGCUCGGCCUUUGGACACAGCCCUCCACUCAUCCACCCUGCCCCAACUUUUCCGACCCAGAGGCCUAUUCCCGGGAUCCCUACGGUUCUGAACCCAGUCCAGGUCAGCUCCGGCCCUUCCGAGUCCUCACAGAACAAGCCCACGAGUGAGUCUGCGGUGAGCAGCACCGGCGACCUGGUGCACAGCAAGCGCUCCAAGAUCAAACCGGACGAAGACCUCCCCAGCCCGGGGCCGCGGGGCCAGCAGGAACAGCCAGAAGGGACGACUCUGGUGAAGGAGGAAGGGGACAAAGAUGAAAGCAAGCAGGAGCCUGAAGUCAUCUACGAGACGAACUGCCACUGGGAAGGUUGCUCGCGGGAGUUCGACACCCAGGAGCAGCUGGUGCACCAUAUAAAUAACGACCAUAUCCACGGCGAGAAGAAGGAGUUCGUGUGCCGGUGGCUGGAUUGCUCAAGAGAGCAGAAACCCUUCAAAGCCCAGUACAUGCUGGUGGUGCACAUGAGGAGACACACGGGAGAGAAACCUCACAAAUGCACUUUUGAAGGUUGCACAAAGGCCUACUCGAGACUCGAAAACUUGAAAACACACUUGAGAUCUCACACUGGAGAGAAACCGUACGUCUGUGAGCACGAAGGCUGUAACAAGGCUUUCUCCAACGCCUCCGACCGUGCCAAGCACCAGAACAGAACACACUCCAAUGAGAAACCGUACGUGUGCAAGAUCCCCGGCUGCACCAAGCGCUACACCGACCCCAGCUCCCUCCGGAAACACGUGAAGACCGUGCACGGCCCAGAGGCGCACGUCACCAAGAAGCAGCGUGGGGACGUGCACCCCCGGCCCCCGCCCCCGCGGGACUCCGGGGGCCACUCACAGCCCCGGUCACCCGGCCGGCAGACUCAGGGAGCCCUCGGGGAGCAGAAGGACCUCAGCAACACUACCUCAAAGCGGGAAGAAUGCCUCCAAGUGAAAACCGUCAAGGCGGAGAGGCCUAUGACAUCUCAGCCAAGCCCUGGUGGUCAGUCUUCAUGCAGCAGCCAACAGUCCCCCAUCAGCAACUAUUCCAACAGUGGGCUCGAGCUUCCUCUGACCGACGGAGGUGGUGUGGGCGACCUCAGUGCCAUCGAUGAAACCCCAGUCAUGGACUCGACCAUUUCCACUGCAACCACAGCCCUCGCUUUGCAAGUCCGGAGGAGCCCGGCAGGGACCAAAUGGAUGGAGCACGUCAAGCUAGAAAGGCUCAAACAAGUGAACGGAGUGCUUCCGCGACUGAACCCCAUUCCACCCCCCAAAGCCCCUGCGGUCUCUCCUCUCAUAGGAAAUGGCACGCAGCCGGGUACCAGCUGCAGUUUGGGCGGGCCCACGCCCCUUCUCCCCAGCAGAAGCGACCUUUCCGGCGUGGACAUCACCAUGCUGAACAUGCUCAACCGGAGGGACAGCUCCACCAGCACCAUCAGCUCCGCCUACCUGAGCAGCCGCCGCUCCUCCGGCAUCUCCCCCUGCUUCUCCAGCCGCCGCUCCAGCGAGGCGUCCCAGGCCGAGGGGCGGCCCCAGAACGUGAGCGUGGCCGACUCGUACGACCCCAUCUCCACCGACGCCUCUCGCCGCUCCAGCGAGGCCAGUCAGGGCGACGGCCUGCCCAGCCUGCUCAGCCUCACGCCCGCCCAGCAGUACCGCCUGAAGGCCAAGUACGCGGCCGCCACGGGCGGCCCGCCGCCCACCCCGCUGCCCAACAUGGAGAGGAUGAGCCUCAAGACCCGCAUGGCCCUGCUGGGCGACGGCAGGGAGCCCGCGGGGACGCUGCCGCCCGUGCACCCGCCCCGGCGAUGCAGCGACGGCGGGGCGCACGGUCACGGUUACGGCCGGCGGCCCCUGCUGCCCCAGGACGCGCCGGGCAACGGCCUGAGAAGGGCCAGCGACCCAGUGCGGACGGCCUCCGAGAGCCUCUCCCUGCCCCGGGUGCAGCGGUUCAGCAGCCUUAACAGCUUCAACCCUCCGGCCUUGCCUCCGUCCCUGGAAAAGCGGAACCUCGUGCUGCAGAACUACACCCGGCCCGAGGGGGGCCCGCCCCGCCACUUCCACUCGUCGCCCUGUCCCCCGAGCAUUACUGAGAACGUCACUCUGGAGUCCCUGACCAUGGACCCCGACGUGAACCUGCCCGAUGAGGACCUCCUGCCCGAUGACGUGGUGCAGUAUUUGAAUUCCCAGCACCAGGCGGGGUACGAGCACCCCUUCCCGAGUGCCAUCUCCGAUGACAGCAAAGUGCCCCACGGGCUCGGCCUGGGGACCGGGCCCGGCGACUUUGACCCGCUCGGGCUGCCCGCCGGCCACGCCAACCAGCAGUACCGCGGGCUGGAGCCGCCCUGCCCUGAUGCCAGCAAGUCCGACCUGCCCAUUCAGUGGAACGAAGUCAGCUCGGGCAGCGCCGACCUGUCCUCCUCCAAGCUGAAGUGCGGCCAGCGGCCCGCGGGGCAGCCGGCCCGAGGCUUCGGGAUGUACAGCCACCCGGGCGUCCACCCACAGAAUCCCUUGAGGGGUGGGGCCGGCCCCGCGGGAGGGUAUCCGACCCUCGGGGAGCACGACGGCCCCUUCGGUGGCGCGGAGCACUUGGUGAGCCACAGCGGCGGGGUUGGCCCCAACGGAGCCGCCUUCCACGAACAGACCUACAAGGCCCAGCAGUACGGGAACUGCCUGACCAGGCAGCCCGGCGUCCCCAGCUCGCUGGAUGCGGCCUGCGGGGCCGGGCUUCAGGCGGCAAAGCUGAAAAGCGCCCCCGUGCAAGGGAGCGGGAGCCAGGCUGAUUUUGGCCUGCCCGGGGCGCCCAGUGAGCCAGCUGGCAGCACGGUGAGCGGGGUGCCCACCCAAGACCCAGUGGGACAGGGGUACCUGGCUCAUCAGCUUCUGGUCGACAGCGUGCACCACCAGGGGGCCAGCCGCCCCGGGCAGCACAUGCUAGGGCAGGGUAGUGCUACCUCACACAUCCACAACUACCAGGGCCUGGAGAGCAGCCUGCCAGGGCCUCCCGGCGUCGGCGGCCAGCCACCAGGCUUGGCCGCGGUCAGGGGCUACCAGCCGUGGGCCGGCUACGGGGGCGGCCGGCGCCAGGCUGGGCCGAGGGGCGGCCUGGCUCUGCAGCCGGGACAGCUCAGUGACACAAGUCAGACCUGCAGGGUGAACGGCAUCAAGAUGGAGAUGCCAGGGCAAGCCCAUCAGCUCUGUCCCAACAUGCAGAGUUACUCUGGUCAGUUCUAUGACCAAACCGUUGGCUUCAGUCAGCAAGACAUGAAGACUGGUUCCUUCUCCAUUUCGGAAGCCAACUGCCUGCUCCAGGGGGCCAGCGCCGAAAACUCGGAAUUACUUUCCCCAGGUGCUAACCAGGUGACCAGCACAGUUGACAGCCUCGACAGCCAUGACCUGGAAGGGGUGCAGAUUGACUUUGACGCUAUCAUCGACGAUGCGGACCACGCCAGCCUGAUGUCGGGAGCCCUGAGCCCGAGCAUCAUUCAGAACCUCUCUCAUAGCUCCUCCCGCCUCACGACGCCACGAGCGUCCCUCCCGCUGUCCGUGAGCACCACCAACAUGGCCAUCGGGGACAUGAGCUCGCUGCUGACCUCCCUUGCGGAGGAAAGCAAAUUCCUGGCAGUUAUGCAGUAGGUGGUAGGGAGAAUGGACUGCCAAGAGACGUGACCUUUAGGCGUUUAAAAGAUGAAAUUGACCUGGGUUUUUGUUUUUGUUUUUUGGUUUUUUUUUUUUUUUUUUUUUUUUAGUUCUGUAUGUAUGUUAGCAAUCUCAUCUCACCUGACUGGGAUGUGUUUCAAGUAUAUUCCUUUUAUGGAAAAGGACUCUGAAAAACCCUAAAGUAUUCUAGGGAGAAACUGUCUUCCAUUUCAGUUUUUGAAUCAGUAUUGUUAGACUCGAAAUGCCCUCUUUUUAAAAAAAAAAAAAAAACUGUAAGCCCCCGCCCCCUUUUUUUUAGUAAACCAGUGUAAAUGUGUGACGUGCAUGCUCUUUCUUUUCGAAGAGAGGUCACAUUAAAGGAGUUGACAUGUUUCCCUGUUACUCAAAGGAGAUGGGAGUUGGUGUGCUUGUGACCGAGGGGUUACAUCUCCAGCUUUUCAAAGUUUCCUUUCCGUACGCGCAACGUUUGUUUUUGUGUUUCGGGGUUUUUUUGUUCUGUUUUGUUUGCUUUUUCAAUUCCCACAUUGGGCACAAGAAUCAGAAUACGGAUAGUGAGUUUGAAGGUCUUUUGUGGGUGCACCGUAGCAGAGAUGACAGAUUUUUGGCAUGCCCCCUCGCCCCCAGUUCAGUUCAGGGCAUACUUGAGACAGUCACACACAGGUGGACACUGAGGGCUCUUGCAGAUGAAAUGCUUUGCUCACAGUUGGGGUUGAAAAUUUUCCUCCUGUUCACAAAGGUGCUUUGGGUGGAUCCGUCCGUAUGGUCAGUCCUCAGUUACCCACUCUGCCUCCUCUCACUCUUCCUGGACGUCAGUGCUGUUCCGAGCUCCCGGGAGAGAGGGGAGGGGCACUGGGUGACACGUGGUUACUUUUCAUCCGUUCUGGCAAGAAGUUAGGCAGAUUGUAGAUCCCAGCUAUUCGGUGGAAUUAGUUUGGGGAAUAUUUGUGGGUUUGCUCUAUUUCUUACUUAGUUCCAUCUCUUUCCCCCUCCCAUUAUUACAGAUAACUGAGAAUUGAUUAUAGGUUCUGAGCACAUAGGUAAUUAAAUCCCACAGCCGGCUACGUCAUUAACGUCUAUUAAUUCCACUAUGGUGAAGGAAUAUUUCUAUUCUAAGUGCCCUAUUUUAGGGGAUUUAUCAGUCUUAGCU